AUGCCUACACUACAAAGGACCAACUCAUGCACCGACAUUGGCUUCACGCUCCGGCGCCAAUUUGGCAAGCCAGAUUUUAGGCCAAAGCAGCGCGAAAUUAUUGAGGCAGCCUUGGCUGGAUUCGACAUUUAUGUGCAGGCUGCCACCUCGUUCGGCAAGAGUUUAUGUUUCCAGCUCCCGGCAGUGAUUGACACUGGCAUCACGGUCGUGGUAUCACCACUUUUGUCAUUGAUGAUCAACCAAGUUGAAGCGUUGCGCGCCUCUGGAAUCAACGCAAGCGCUUUGAAUAGUAAUACUCCGUACCCCGAAAAGGAGCGCAUACAUCGGGAUUUAGAAACAGGUCAUCCAUUGACGCGGCUUCUGUACGUCACGCCAGAACUAUGCUCCGGCUUGCGCUUUCGUGAGCGCCUGCAGAAAGUACACGAACAAAAAGAGCUUGCUCGAGUUGCAAUCGACGAAGCACACUGUAUAUCCGAAUGGGGGCAUGAUUUUCGAAAAGAUUUCAAACGUCUCUCCUGGUUCCGCGAAACAUUCCCAACGGUGCCCAUCAUGUGUUUGACGGCCACGGCAAAUCCCCGAGUGCGUCAGGAUAUACUUGGUGUCUUGCGACUGGACAGCACCCCAGAAAGGAUAAAGUCAUUUUUGAUGAGUCCUUCGCGAGCGAACCUGCAUAUAGAGAUACGAUACACGAAAGAUGAAGAUGACAAUCGGUUAUCAGACUUUGUAGCAUGGCUGCAAUCAGUGUACGAUCGUCGCAGGGCGGAACCACGCAAAGAAGAACUACGACAAUUAGAAGAGAGGGUUAAAAAUGUGCCGGGAAUUAUCUAUACGAUAUCUCGGGACGAAUGUGAGACGCUUUCGGCUGCGCUCCGAGCCCAAGGCAUCGGCGCACGGCCAUUCCAUGCCAAGCUGCCGAAAGAUGUUAAAGAAGAUACCCUCAAUCGAUGGAUCCACAACGAGCAGGGCUACGAUAUCAUCGUAGCUACGACUGCGUUCGGCAUGGGCAUCGACAAGAAUAAUGUACGGUUUGUCGUGCAUUGGCGACUGCCAAAGUCAUUCGAGGGCUACUACCAAGAAGCAGGCCGUGCCGGGCGAGAUGGCAACGCGAGCUACUGCUUCUUGUAUUAUAGCCGCGAAGAUCUGGAGCGAGUCACGCGAAUGGUAAAGGGAGACCCAAAAGACGGAACAAGCUAUCAAGCACGGCUUAGCAGCUUACAAGCGCUCGCACUUUACUGCGAAAACAUAAAGUCGUGCCGUCACGCCGAAAUUUGCAAAUAUUUUGGUGAAACCGAAAUACCAGAGUGUGAUUUCGCGUGUGACUUUGACAAGGAUGCCGAAGAUUUGGAAGAAAGAUUCAGAGAAGGACUGGCAAGCGAGGAGUGGGUGAGCACGCAGGCAAUGCAGGGCACCUAUGAUAGAUAUGAUGACGAUUAUUGA